GUACGUGAACCAUCUUGCUCUGAGCGUUACUCUUCGGCAUAAGUUUUGCAGCAAGCACACAGAUGUCAGCAGAGUUUCUCAAUCUGUCACUCUGUGAGCUCCCUUCUACGUUUGAUGGAUGGCAGACGGAAUUGGACACAGACAACAUGAUUCCCUGACAAGUCUCGUGGAACGGCAUUCGUUGAAUACUUUCAUCAGUAACGGCACAUUGAAAAAAAACUUUGAGAGCAUUUUACCUGUUGGCUUGUCGCGACUUUUUUUGACAACUCUGGAACAACACCCACUGCAGAUGAAGUCACCAUGCUAACCGCGGUUAGCUGCUGCUACUGUGUUCCCUCAGUUUUUUCUGCUUGAUUUUAAAACGGCUGGAGACGCACGCGGUUGUUACAUUUUAAGGGUUAUUAUUUUAGUGAAGAGCAAGCGGAAGUUUUUAAUAGUUUUUUCCUCCAGAGCUUUAGGAAAAUUUGUCAGGAAAAAUGGGACUACACCCGCUGGAGUUCAGUGAAUGCUAUCUGGACAGCCCUCAGUUCAGGGACAAAAUUAAGGCGCACGAAGCGGAGCUGGACAAAACCAACAGAUUUAUCAAAGAGCUUUACAAAGAUGGCAAGAAUCUCAUCAAUGCAACAAAGCAGCUGGGUUUGGCACAGAGAAAGUUUGCCCAGUGCCUGGGAGAGUUUCAUUUUGAAUACAUUGGAGAUGCAAAGACAGAUGAUGAGAAAUGCAUUGAUGAAUCAAUGCAAGAGUUCUCUAAAUUCCUAACGAACCUAGAAGACCAAAGAGAGUUGAUGAUGAGAAACAUCACGGAAACUUUAAUGAAACCCUUGGAGAAGUUCAGGAAAGAACAUCUGGGCACAGCAAGGGUGGAAAGAAAGAAGUACGAGAAAGAGACAGAGAAAUACUACAGCUCCUUAGAAAAGCUGCUGAACAUGUCUGCGAGGAAGAAAGAGCCACAGCUUCAGGAGGCGGACUCCCAGGUGGAAACCCUGAGGCUGCACUUUCAGGAGGAGUCGCUGGAGUACGUUUGCAAACUGCAGGAGAUUCAAGAGAGGAAGAAGUUUGAGUGUGUGGAGCCAAUGGUGGCCUUCUUUCAGACAGUCUUUACCUUUUAUCACCAGGGUUUUGAACUGGCCAAGGACUUUGCUCAUUAUAAGACAGCAUUGCAGAUCAAUAUUCAGAAUACAAGGAACCGAUUUGAGGGUGCACGGUCAGAGGUGUAUGAGCUCAUGAAGAGGAUCAGGGAGGCUCCACAGGAGUACAGACAGACCAGUCCUAUCAGCUGUGAAGGUUACCUUUAUGUACAGGAAAAACGGCCACCCCCCUUUGGUUCAAGUUGGGUCAAACGCUACUGCACAUUCAUAAAAGAGCAGAAGAUCCUGAACAUGGUGACCUUUGACCAGAGAUCUGGCGGAAAGUUUGGUGAGAUGGAGUCUGUCACACUCAAAUCAUGUCUUCGCAAAACAACUGACAUGCUGGACCGGAGGUUCUGCUUAGACCUUGACAUAACUGACCGCCCAGGGACGGUGCUUACAGUACAGGCCCUGUCAGAAGAUGACCACAAGUUCUGGAUACAGGCCAUGGGUGGGAAGGAACCUAUUGGACACUACCUUGGGAGAACAUAUUCUAAAGAAAGAGGAAUCGAUGCCCAGCUGGAUGAAGUUGGUCUGAGUUUUGUGAAAAACUCAAUUAGUGCGAUUGAAACAAGAGGUAUCAACGACCAGGGUCUGUACCGUGUUGUCGGCGUCAGCUCCAAGGUCCAGAAACUCCUCGCAUUAAUGAUUGAUGAGAAAAGCAACGAGGUGGAUCUGUCCGUCAGUGAGGACUGGGACGUGAAGACGAUAACAAGUGCGCUCAAGCUUUAUCUGAGGAGUCUUCCUGAGCCCUUGAUGACCUACGGACUUUACAAAGAGUUCAUCAGUCCAGCAAAGGGUGACAGCCCAGAGUGUCGCAUCCAGGCCGUUCACUGUCUGGUCCACAAACUCCCAGAAAGAAAUCGUCAAGUCCUCGGGCUACUUAUGAGGCAUCUGGCCAAAGUGGCCGCCCACAGCAAACAGAAUCUGAUGACUGUGGCCAAUCUGGGCGUGGUUUUCGGCCCUACGUUGAUGAGGCCGCAGGAGGAGACCGUCGCCGCCAUCAUGGAUCUAAAGUUCCAGAACAUAGUGGUGGAAAUCCUCAUUGAACAACAUGAAAAGAUUUUUGCAGAUCCUCCCGAUUCUUGCUCCACUCCACCUGCUGCCCCAGUAUUUUCUGCUCCCACAAGGCAGUCCAAGAAAGUGAGUCGACAGAACAGGCCCUUGGCUGUCUACAACCCACAAUCUCUAGACAUUCAGAAUGUGUCCCCAGUGGCCGACAGUUGCGGUCCCACCGACGAGACCUCGAUGGGCAGCAACGAGUCCGUAUCUUCCCAGUCGUCAUCGGCGUCAGCGUCAGAAACGCCCAGUGAGAGGAAUGACCACGAACCCCUGGACGUCAGCCUCAGCUCAGGCAGUAACUGCGGAACUGCGGCAGCAUCGUGGUCGACUCCUGGAGCAUCAGGAGAAAGUCAGCCUUCUCCCACCUCCACUGCUGCAGAGAAAAAACAGCCGGAGGAGAGUGUCACCAGUAGGAAAGCCAAGGCUGUGUACUCAUGUGAGGCUGAGCACGACUCUGAGCUCUCCUUCCCAGUCGGCGCAAUAUUCAACGCCGUGACCCAGUCGAGGGAGCCGGGCUGGUUGGAGGGGGAGCUGGAGGGGAAGAGGGGCCUCAUCCCUGAGAACUAUGUGGAGAUGCUGUAGAUACUUUGUGGAAAUAUUUAUGGACAAGUUAUCGCCUUCACUGGGAUAAGUUAUGCAUGUGGCUCAACUCAAGUAAAAUUCACAGUAGUGCAUUGUUUAUCCAAAAACUCUUCUAAAGAAGGUGCUGUAUGUUUAUUAAGGUGGCUGUGUUUUCAGUGUGCCGGCGUGGUGCUCUGUUAGUCCUUUGACUGUGGAUGGUGAGUUUUAGUGUCGUCGAUUCCAGAAUGGUCCAGUACGCAUGACGCUCUGCUUUAAAAAAAAAAAAAAGAUAUAUAUAUAUAUAUAUAUAAAAUAAAUAAAAAAUGGCCAAGGUCUACAAAAAAAAAAGAAAAAAUCCCCCUUAAGGCCUUUUAUACAGAGCGAGCGUCUCUCCCCGUCUGCCCCGUUAUACAUGGUAUCCAUGAGCUUUCCAUGCAAAAAGCUGUAGAGUCAAACGUCAGCUCUCGAGUCACAGAAGCUCUUCACACUUCCUGACAAGGAUGCACUCAAAUAGGUUUCCAGCAGUUAAAACGACCAGCCCUGCCUACAGUACGUGCACAGGUGCUGCUGUGAGUUCGAGUGUUACUGCUUUCACUUAUUAAAUGUUUUAUUACAUGUUAUUUUAAGAUUAUUUAGGACAUGAAAUUGAGGCACUUUGCCGCUCCAGUUAAUUUUCUUAAACGUAAUUAGCUCGAUAAUUUUGCAUGAAAUCGCCUUGUGCCGUUAUGUGUGUGGAGCACUCCUUUUCGGAAAUAAAGUUAAAAAUAAAAAAUAAAAAGGUAUUUGAUGCUGAAGUGAACACAGGUCAGUUUUACUGGAGUCCGGGUUUGUUUUUGUUUUAACUCAUUUUGUUUCUAUUUUUAAAAAUGUGGCGACACUCCAGUAGAGUUCAAAAGGUUAAGUUUAAUCCCACCUUCAACUAAAGUGGCGUCAGAGCCAACAUCUAAUCUAUGAAAACCCGGCGGAUCAGUUUUACCAGUGAUUUUUUAUUUUUUUUUAUUUGCUUUAUACGCACAGAACUCCUCCGUCUGCUUUCUGGGCGCAGUGAUUUCUCUGAGAGCUUUACUUCAGCAGCACAUGUCUCCAGUUGCUGUUGCAAUAAUUUAAAGAUGCUGAUUUGUCAUUUGUAAAAAGGUCUUGGACCUCCUGCGUGUUUCUUUUUUUUAUACCUUUGGGUAUUUUCUUGAUCAAUUUUAAGCCAAUAAAGACUUCUUUGUUGUUGUUAA